AUGGCACAGCCAGAGAGUGUUGCCAUAACAAUUCAUCCUCCCUCAACAGAAGACAACGUGAUGGGUGCUUCUCGAUCGGAUGAUAUUGAUACUUUGUAUCAACUUAUCGGAGAGGACGUAGAUGUCUGGGACCGGAUCAACAUGAGGAAGUUUGUGGAUACUCCACUACAUAUAGCUGCUGCUGCAGGACACACUUAUUUUGCAAUGGAAAUGAUGUACUUACAGCCAUCAUUUGCUACGAAGUUGAACAAAGAUGGGUUGAGCACUUUACACCUUGCCUUGCAAAAUGGGCACACACGAUUUGUGCUUUCACUGCUGAAAAUCAACGGAAGUCUCGUCAGUGUCAAAGGGAAGAUGGGUUAUACUCCUUUGCAUUACCUAGUCAUGAAGGAAACCGAUGGUGAUCUAUUGACUGAGUUUCUCAAUGAUUACCCUGAUUGUAUCCAUCAUGUGACAAGUCGAGAUGAAACUGCCCUACAUGUAGCAGCCCGCAACAACCAAACAGCUCUUAAAGUUCUACUGCGCUGGCUCAGGAGAACAAAUAACUCUAUUGCACGUUGCAGAAAAAACGAAUCCUUAACUCUAAGAACAGGGAUGAUUAUCAGGCUAAUAAAGGAUCUUAGGGUUGACAUCAAGGCUAUAAAUUCGAAAAGUUCAACAGCUCUGGAUAUCUUAAAUGGCCAAGCUCAAGGAGACUACAAUAUCAAUAUCAAGAAGUGCGUGGACAUUUUACGCCAUGGUGAUGGUCUGAAGGCAUCGGCUCGCAAAAUACCAUUGUUUUGUCUUGAGGUGAUUUGUCAAUGUGCAUAUGAACUCAGAGUAAUGCCAGCUGACAGUGGCAACGCUUUGCUAGUAGUGGCAACGCUUUGCUAG